UAAUAAACGUCGUUACAUAGUCGAAUAAGUAAACAAGUUUAUAGUAAAAUAAUAAAUUAUUUUGGUUUUUAAAGGUAAUCAAACGUUCAACACAAGAGUAUAUCGUCAAAUUUAAAGACAGCAGUUAUACUGUAAAAUAAGUGUGAUGUUUUCUUGGAAGUCAUUGUUAAAACCCUGGGCCAGUGGAGAUACACAAAAACCACCAGAGCGAGAUGAACAAAUGAUGCUAACUGAUUCAUUGAUGUUAGAGCUGGAAUUUCAUAUUAGAGAAAUGGAACGAAUGAAUCGUGAUCGGGAGCAAGAACUUCAUCGGCAGAAGACUGGUGUUGACUAUAGUUGGUUAGUUACAGCUCCGGUCAAAUCAUACGAAAUUCCGCAAUUUUUGAGGUUAGAGUUAGAAGAAUUAUGUUAUCAAAUAAAACCACAAGAGUGUGGUAAAGUGAUAACACUCUUUAGAGAUUCUCUUUUAAACGAGCCAACUGUGAAAGAAAUGCCACAUAUAAUGAAAGCAUGUAUCAAACAAGUCCUAGAUCAACGUCCAAAAGAAGAAACACUUACUGAAUGGGUUACAAAAAGAACUAUUAGCCUUACUAAUAUCAAACUCCGACCACAAUCUAAGAUCACUCCCACUGACAUUGACAUCACUGAUGAUGUGGAGAGUCAGUCAACAAUAGACACUGUGUGUUCUAGAGUAGAACCAGUCUCACCAACAUUGAUUAAAGGAAGAUCUCACACAUUGCCAUAUUAUCAGGGAGCAGAAAGAAAUCUUGACCAUCUUCCUGUUUAACUUUAAGUGAAACGUUAAAGGAAGCAUGCCUACAGAUAUGGACUAGUCAUGGUAUCAAACAUUCUAAUAUAACAUAUAUGUUUUAUUUUUCAUAAAACAUGAUAAUAUUGAUGUCACUUUAACCUAUUUGUAAUGACCAAGAAACUAUCAUAUUUGAUCAACCAUUUUUUACAUUUUAAGCACUUUAAGAGGACAGAGUAUUUGUUUGUAAGAUCAAGGUGUCUUUCACUAAAUGAACACCAAAUGCAGUAUUUUCAUGAGCCACAAAGCAGUGAGUAAAAUAUUUAGAUCUGAUGUUCACACAUGAUCUUAUCAUGCAUAUGGAAACAAAGAAAUGAGCCACACCAUGGGAAAACCAACAUAGUGGCUUUGCGACCAGCAUGGAUCUAUCCAUGCACAGGCUGGUCAGGAUCCAUGCUGUUUGCUAACAGUUUCACUAAUUACAAUAGGCUUUGAAAGCGAACAGCAUGGAUCCUGACCAGACUGUGUGGAUGCACAGGCUGGUCCGGAUCCAUGCUGGUCGCAACCCACUAUGUUGGUUUUCCCAUGGCACGGCUCAAGUUUUCUUUUUAUUUUAUAUGUUUUUUUUUUCAAUGGUUUCUACCAAAUUUUGUAUUCUGUGUGGGACUAACUUUCAUGUAUCUUUAAGUGGAGUGAAUACACAAAAUUUACUUCCUAUGUAUCGAUAAAAUUCCCAUUGUUAUAUGUCAGAAUCACAAAUCUAUAUCCCAAUGAUAUGGUCGUAUUGGGCAAACCUUCAAAAUUCUGUGUCCCCACAUUAGGCAUGUCAUUUCUUUACAAAUUGUAUCCUUAAUAAUUAACAUGUGCACUUGAAGUCAAAUAUUGCAAACAUUAGACUGUGGUUUGGAGAAAGGCAUUUUUAUACCGCAUCGGUUAGAUUUCUGGUGUAAAGUACAAGAAAACGUGAUUAGUACAGGGCCAGUUUCCCUUGCAGAUAUCAAGAUAUUAGAUGGACUGGAUUAUUUCACAGGUACCAGUUACAUUGAAAAUCUGAGAACUAAGUAAAAUUAUAAUUAUACUAUGUGGAGGAUAUUUUUGUUGCUGAAGUGGAAUUAAAACAUGUUAAUAUUAGGGUUAGUACAUCCUUUUUAGCUCAUCAGAGCACAAAGUGCUCAAGGUGAGCUAUUGUGACCAGUCAUUGUCCGGCGUCCGACGUCCUGCGUCAGUGCCUCGUGCAUUGUCCUUCAACAUUUGCCUUGUGAACACUCUAGAGGCCACAUUUGUGACCCUAUCUUUAUGAAACAUGGUGAGAAUGUUAGUCUUGAUGAUCUUUAGGUCAAGUUCAAAACUGGGUCAUGUUGGAUCAAAAACUAGGUCAGUAGGCCAGAUCAAAGGAAAAGCUUGUGAGCACUCUAGAGGCCAUAUUUGUGACCCAGUCUUUAUGAAACUCGGUCAGAAUGUUUGUCUUGAUGAUCUCUAGGUCAGUUUUGAAACUGGGUCAUGUGGAAUCAAAAACUAGGUCAGUAGGCCAGAUCAAAGGAAAAGUUUGUGAACAGUCUAGAGGCCACAUUUUAGACUCAAUCUUUAUGAAACUUGGUCAGAAUGUUUGUCUUGAUGAUGUCUAGGUCAUGUUUGAAACUGGGUCAUGUGGGGUCAAAAACUAGGUCACCGGGUCAAAUCAAAGGAAAAACUUGUGAACACUCUGGAGGCCACAUUUGUGACCCAAUCUUUAUGAAACUUGGUCAGAAUGUUUGUCUUGAUGAUCUCUAGGUCAGGUCUGAAACUGGGUCAUGUUGGUCAAAAACUAGGUCAGUAGGCCAGAUCAAAGGAAAAGCUUGUGAACACUCUAGAGGCCACAUUUGUGAUCCAAUCUUUAUGAAACUUAGUCAGAAUGUUUGUCUUGAUGAUUUCUAGGUCAAGUUUGAAUCUGGGUCGUUUAGGAUCAUAAACUAGGUCACCCGGUCAAAUCAAAGGAAAAGCUUGUGAAUACUUUAGAGGCCACAGUUGUGAAUCAAUCUUUCUGAAACUGGGUCAGAAUCCUGAAUGUUUGUCUUAAUGAUUUCUAGGACAAAUUUAAACUGGGUCAUGUGAGGUCAAAAACUAGGUCACUGGGCCAGAUUAAAGGAAAAUCUUGUCAACACUCUAGAGACCACAGUUCAAGUUUGAAACUCAUAAGUCAGAAUGUUUGUCUUGUUGACCUCUAAGCCAGGUUCGAAUCUUGGUCAUGUUGGGUCAAAAACUAGGUCAGUAGGCCAGAUGAAAGGAAAAGCUUGUGAACACUCUAGAGGCCACAUUUGUGACCCAAUCUUUAUGAAGCUUGGUCAGAAUGUUUGUCUUGAUGAUCUCUAGGCCAAAAUCGAAUCUGUGUCAUAUGGGGUAAAAAACUAGGUCAUUAGACUAGAUCAAAGGAAGAGCAUGUGCACUCUAGAGACCAAUGUUUUGACUCAAUCUUUAUGAAAUUUGGUCAGAAAGUUUGUCUUGAUGAUCUCUAGGUCUAGUUUGAAUUUGGGUCAUGUGGGGUCAAAAACUAGGUCAGUAUGCCAGAUCAAAGGAAAAGCUUGUGAAUACUCUUGAGGUCACAGUUGUGACCCAAUAUUUAUGGAACUUUGUCAGAAUGUUUGCCUUGAUGAUCUCUAGAUCAGUUUUGAAACUGGGUCAUACGUGGUCAAAAAGUAGGUCAGUAGGCCAGAUCAAAGGAAAAGCUUAUGAACACUGUAUAGGUCACAGUUGUGACUCUAUCUUUAUGAAACUUGGUCAGAAUGUUUGUCUUGAUGAUCUCUAGGUUAAGUUUUAAUCUGGGUCAUUUAGUCAAAUCAAAGGCACAGUUUGUGAACAUUCUAAAGGUUACAGUUGUGACCCAAUCAUUAUGAAACUUGGUCAGAAUGUUUGUCUUGAUGAACUCUAGGUUAAUUUCGAAACUGGCUCAUUUGGGGUAAAAAAUAAGGUCAGUAGGCAAGAUUAACUCUGGUGAGCGAUAUAUAGGGCCAUCAUGGCCCUCUUGUUUAUAUAUAAACAUUUUAUAUCUGAAAGUCUGUUCCUAUUGAUUUAACCCCAGAACUAGUUUAAAUCCAACAAAAUAAGUAGAGAAAUGAAGUCUUGUACAGCAAGUUUUCUUGCUUUGAUUUCUUUAUUCUAGACAGUUUGCAUGUUAAAUUAAAUUUUUUUUGUUUUGUUUUUGAUAAUUACUUGUUUUCAGUGUAUUCGCUGUGUAUUUGAAUAUUAUAAAUAUCUUCAUGUUUUAAUUAUAAAACUAUGUUUUUUGUGUCAUGAUCAUGAUGAUUGUACAUUUUUCUUUGCCAAAUAAGAAACAUAUCACAGCAUUAUAAUUUAUGAACAUUCAGGUAUUUAAAGUGCUCAUCAAGCAAACAUUAAGUAUCAUUGCUGUUCUUCGAAAAUCUCGUUUCAUAGUAUGUCACUUUUUAGGAGAUUCAAGAUUUUGUAUCAUCCUCUGCCGAAGGUGGUAUAAUAAUUUUGGACUUGUCUGUCAUUCUUCCUGAUGUCAUUCUGUCCUAAGGCAUAUCUAAGAGAAUUGAGCCAUGCCAUGAGAAAACCAACAUAGUGGGUUUGCAUCCACGCAGUCUGGUCAGGAUCCAUGCUGUUUGAUUUUAAAGCCUACUGCAAUUAGAGAAACCAUUAGUGAACAGCAUUGAUCCUGACCAGACUGCGCGGAUGCGCAGGCUGGUCUGGAUCCAUGCUGGUCACAAACCACUAUGUUGAUUUUCUCAUGGCGUGACCCAAUUAUUAUGUUUUUUGAAAGUUUCAGUAAGAUAUGAUAGAAAUGUUAACUCUUACAUAGAAACCUGGCAGUGAGGCUGCUUGAGAAAGACAAGAUUUAUGGUCCUGUGUGCUAACAUACAUGUAUAUUUAACGUAUUCAUAAUGUAUGUAUUCAGAUUUCUGUCCCUCUGGAGUCUUGUUUCAGAUAUGGUUUGAAGGAUUGUAAUAAAACAUUGUAGAAAUUUUAACUGCAAAAGGGAAAUGUGACCCUGCAAAUUUCAGUCAGAUUGCUUGCGGAACACAAGAUUUAUGAUCCUCUGUACUUUAUGAUGUAGUGCACAUAUGGUGUUUUUAUUCUAUAUUAGUCUGUCUGGAGCCCUACCGUAUGUAAAAUGUGGCUUAGACUAUUUCAACUGUUAUUGCAAAAUGUGACCCUGCAAGUUUCAGUGAAAUUGCUUGAGGAAAACAAGAGUCAUCGUCCUUAUCUACUUUUAGACCUUAUUAGUAAUUACAUAAUGUAUACUAAACAGAUUAUGAUUUUGCAAAUGACAUAGGUCUAUUUUUACUUUGGGAUAUUGUUAACAAACUUAAUGCAUAGUAUGUAGCUUUCUUGAGGGCUUUUGGGUCACUUGGGUCAAGGUCAAGGUCACUGUUACUAAAAUAGAAAAUUGUUUUUGUUCAAUAACCUCAGCACAGAGUAAGGUAUUGCCGCCAAAUUUUUAGUUUAGGAAGAUUAUAUGGAGUUCAUGGAUUGAGUUGUAGUUUGGAUGCUUGGAUCAAGGUCAAGGUCAUUGUUACUAAAAUAGAAAAUUGUUUUUGUUCAAUAUCCUCAGCAUAGAGUAAGGUGUUGCCGCCAAACUUUUAAUUUAGGAAGAUUAUAUGGAGAUCAUGGAUUGAGUUGUAGUUUGGAUGCUUGGAUCAAGGUCAAGGUCAUUGUUUCUAAAAAUACAAAUAAUUGUGUCACUCACGGUAUCUUCAGUUAAGAAAGAGAUAGAAGUAGAAAAAAUAUUUUUGGUUAGUAUUUUCCGUUAGGAAUGAAACCUAAUACUUUACACUAUUAAGCUUGAUACUUAGGUAAUUUGGUUAGAGACCAAUGUUCUGCUGCAUAAAAUUUAGUUCGCUCGUGUCUGGGUCAUUGUUACACAUAUACUUAAACUUUUUGAGAAAUUGAAAUGAAAAACAAAAGUUUGCGUUAUUUUCAUACUGUUAUGUAGCAACUCUGCUGUUGGUUGAUCUACUCCAGUAGGGAUACAAAAUACCGAUGCUGGUAACUUUUCCAAAUGAAAAAAACAAACUGUUUUUAUUGUUUUGGAAUAAGAACGAUAAAGCAGAACCCAGACAUUUUCAGAUGAUCAUUUCUAUUAAAAACUUUAAACCUACACAAUUUACAUGAUUAAUUCAUUUUUGGUUGUGUAGAAAUGAUUUAUUAUUAUACAUUGCUAUUUUUGUAUGAAAUAAUUCAUCAAAGGGUUUGUUAAUAUGUAAAAUAGUGGAAGUCAAAGUCAUUAAAAUCCUACUGUGAUAAUUAUUAAAUUUUAUAAAGCCUUUGGGAAUUUUAGUAUAGCCUGUCUUAUUAGCUCACCUGAGGCUUGGAGUGCUAAGGGUGAGCUGUCAUGAUCACUCGCUAUCCGCCAUCUGUCUCUGUCUGACCAUUCUUCAAAGGAUAUCUCCUCUGAAAUUGUUCAGUAGGAAUAGUUGAAACUUAGCCUGCAGAAUUCUUGUUGCCAUGUCACCCAAAUAGAAAAAAAUCAACAAUCUUCUUCUACAAAACUUCUAUGCCCAGAGCUAAGAUAUUUGGCAAUUUAGUACCAUUUUCUAGUGGUCUUCUACUAGUUUGUUCAAAUAAUGCCCCUUUGGUUAAAAUUGGUUAUGUCCCAGGGUUCAUUUGUUUUACUUAUAUAAGAAACACUUUAAAGAUCUUGUCUGAACUUCUUAGACUAAGAAAUUAAAUAUUGGCUUGUAGCAUUCUGUAGUGGUCCUCUGCCAAGUUUGUAUAAAUCAUGCCCCUUGGGUCAAAAUUGGCCCAGCCCAGGGGUUCACUAGUUUAACAUAGACUUAUAUAGGAAAAACUUUUAAAAAUUUCUUGUCAAAUCUUCUUGCCCUGGAGUUUUGAUAUUUGGCUGAAAAACAAGUGUGUAGUGGUCCUCUAUCAAGUUUGUUCAAAAUAUGCCCACUGGGUUAAAUUUGGCCCACCCAAGGGGUCACUUGUCUUCUUGUCUAAAACUUGAAGGCCUAAAGCUUAGAUAUUUGGCAUUUAGCUUUGUGUAGAGGACCUCUGCCUAGAAAUCAUGUACCCAUUGAGUCAAGGGAGCAAUAUAGGGCCAUCUUGGCCUUCUUGUUUAAAUCAUUUAUUUAACCUAGUCAAAAAAAAACCCUACAACAUGGUCAAAAUGUUUAGUUUUCACAUUAAUCACAUUAAAUAACUACAGACAGUUUGUUUCCAUGGCACCAAGUAAGUAAAUGCUGGAUUCAUUUAAUUUCCUGGAAUUUUAUUUCUAUUUCCUUAAAAUCUGUGCUUUUUUAAGAAUGACAGACACUUUCAUGUUUUACAUCUUAAACUCAAGAAACAGUAGACAUUAUCUAUUCAAAUGUUGUUUGCUAUAUAAAUAAUUCAGCAUUGUGUAAAUUUUUAACUUACUAAAAUGGCAGCCCUCCAUGGACAGCCAUUUUCUUAAAGGGACUGGCCUCCAGAUGGUUUGACAACAAAACAAUAUUAUUUUUUUAGAUAUCUGGAAAUAAGUGCUAUAUUUCUUAAGAAGGCCUUAAAACUUAAUUACUGACAAACUAUAUGUUAUGGAAAAACAUGAGAAUUUGCUGUUUUUACUUCUUUUUACGAUGAAAAUUGAAAAGCGUUUGUAACGCUUUACCCCAGGUAAACUGUCUCGAUUAUAAAUAUCUAUAAUUUGAAGUCAUAAUUCACAAAUUCCGCUAUAGCGCUAUUGGUUACGAUGACGGGGAAAAUGUCUUUAUUGCCGGGGCUGCCCGGGAUUGGAUUCCCGACGCAGUCAUCUUUUUUUUUCUUUUUGAAUUUUUCAAAUAUUUUAGAAACAAAAACUCAUAUUCUAAUGUUCAUAAUAAUGACCAAACUUCAGUUUGAAAGAAUGAUUAUUUUUAGUCAGAUCUGGAGGUCAGUGCCUUUAAAUUUGAAACUGCCAUUUCUUUUUCAAUAAUUGUCAGAUUUUAAUAAUUCUUUCAGUGCUAUGAAAAGCUUGACAAUGGCUUUUAUACAAAAUCAACUAAUAAUGCCUAUAUUCCUUGUCUUUUACAUACAGGUACAUUCAAACAAUCAUAGUUUAGUCUUGAAAUAUUGUAUGACCUAAAAAGUAGUGUCAGUGAAAAAGCUUUCCUUGUUUAUUAUAUCUUAUGUGUUAUUGUAAACAUUAUUUCUGAUAUUAGAAGUUAAUGAUGCAGUGAAAGCCUCUGGUGUGUCAUUAGUAGCACAUUCCUUGACUCUUUUUUUUUUGGAUUCAAUUUUUACUUUUUUCUUUGUUGUAUUUUUAAUUGUAUUUUUUAGAAAUAAACAUAUCAUUUCAGUUGUAUUUUCCCCAAUUGGACAGUAUUUAUCUUUUUAUUGUUGUUUAAAAGUACUAGACAAUUCUUUAUUUGUUUUUCAUUUCCUAGAAAUAUACAUGUCUUAAUGUUUUUCUAUUAGAAUUAGUCUUAAAUAAUGGUUCUUUUCUGUUUUUAGCUCACUUGAACAGUAGGUUCUGGAUGAGCUAUUAGUAUAGGUGGAUGGUCCGGCAUCCAUUGUCUGUUGUGCAUCAACAACUUCUCUGUAACUACUGGUCAGAAUUAUUCCAAACUUGGUCAGUAGCAUCUAACUGAUAUUAAGUGGUUUAGCUUGACCGUUUUAGGGGUCACUAGAGCUAAAAUAAAAAAAAAAACCUUCAAACAAUUUCUUCUCAUGAACCACUUAAUGAAUAGUCAUUGAACUUGGUUGUUAGCACUUUCAUAAGAUCUUUUACCAAGUUUGGGGACACUCAGUCCCUUUUAGGGGCUGUUAGAUCUAAAAUACAACUACCUGUAAAUGACUCCUUCUCAUGAACCUCUUGAUGGGCUUCAUGAAACUUGGUCUGUAGCAUCAUUAUAACAUCCUCUUCCAAUUUUGUUCAAACUGGGCACUUGGUAACUUUUAGGCGCUUCUAGAGCCAAAAAUAAAAAUACCUUUAAGUGACUCUUCUCAUGAUUCACUCGUUGGAUCUUCAUCAAACUUGGUUUGUAGAAACAUUUAAAGCUCCUUUCCCAGUUUUGUUCAAAUAAGUGCUCUAGGCUUCUUAAGGGGUACUAGAACUAAGAUAGAUGUACCAGUUAACAAAUUCUUGAUAUUGACCACUUGAUGAAUCAUAAUCAGACUUGGUCUGUAGUGUUCAAAUUGGGGCAUUCAACAGGUUUUGGUAGCUAUAAGUAAAAAUACUUCUAAAUGACUCCUUCUCAUGAACCAAUUGAUGGAUCUUCAUCAAACUUAGUCUGGAGGAUCAUUGUAAGGUUCUUUUUUCAAUACAGUAGAACCCCACUAAUGAGACAAUUUUAUGUUUCCUUUAAGAAGUGGUCCUAAUAUUAUCAGACAAAUAUUUCUGAGAGUACAUAUUUAGCUUUGAUGAAAUCAAAACAUUUAGAAAAAAAAUCAAAAUUAAAAUAUAAAGUAAAAAGUGGGUUUUGUUUUUUAAUUUGACCUUUAUAUAUAAAGUGAUUAAAGAAAACAAGUUCAUUUAACACAGCAUGACAUUAUUAUACAAUACACAGAAUUUUAUUUCUCUUCUUUUCUCCUGGCUUGACAGAAAAAAAAAGGUAUGAAAUGUCAAAACUGGUCUUAUUAUUGGAGUUAUGGGUUCAUUUGGGACUGCUACAGGUUGUGUUAAUAGCAAAUGGCGAAGUGGUCUUUUUAAAGGGGUUCAUCACCAUUGAAUAAUUGAACUGGAAAAAUGUGGUGUUAGUAAUGAGUUAUGCUUAAUUUAGAGUUAGUCUAUUUAUCUAUGUAUUGACCCUUUGUAGGGACUGCUAGAGCUAAAUGUAGAAAUACUUUUUAAACAACUUUUCAAUAAUCACAUAACGGAUCUUCAUCAGACUUUGUGUAUAGCAUUUUUAUAAAGUCUUUUCCCCAUAUUUAUCCAUAUGGGGCUUUCGACUCAUUUUAGAAACUACUAGAACUAAAAAUAGAAAUAUCUUUAAAGGACUUAUUUUCAAUCACAUUUUGGAUCUUCAAAGAACUUGGUCUGUAUCAUCUUUAUAUGGUCCUCUCCAAAGUUGGUUCAAAAGAGGUGGCUUGAACUAAAAAUAGGAAAACUUCUAAAUUACUUCUUCUCAUAAACUCAUGGUGGAUCUUCGUGAAACUUUGUUUGUAGUAAUUCAUAGCAAAUUCCUCUCCCAAAAUUUGUCCAAAUGAUGGCAUUUGACCCCUUUUAGAGGUCACUAGUCUAUACUGAACACAGUUACUACAUUUCAUGAUUCAGUGUGGCAUACAUACACAAUGUUAAACAGUCACGGUCUGUGAGCAAUUUGGGAUCACAAUGUCCCUCUUGUUUUGAAAAAAAAACAACACAUCAUGUUUCAGUCUAUUGUGGUGCUAAUACUGCAAUGUUUUAAUCAUUACUGCAUAUUGUAUUUUUAUUCUUAAUUGUUUUGUGUUUAAAUGUGUGUUUCUGUAUUGUAUAUUUUUAUUGUAAAACAUUCACUUUUACCUUUUGGUUGCAAUGUUCAAGAUCUAUCAUAUCCUGGAUAGAGGUUGAGAAGAUAAUGUGUAUACAGGCAUACACUUUAUAUUUUUAUUGAUAAACCUCAACUGAAGUGUGUCUGUUAAAAGUUGCUAAAUGUUAAUGUACAUCGAUUCAACUAGAAAUUGGUGCUGCAAGUAUGGUACUGUACCUCCUGAAUGUAAUCUCGGAUUAUAGCAGUCACUUCUGACACUUAUUACUACUAUACAAUGUCAACCUACACACACGUAUAUAGUUAUAAAAGUAUGAUAAAAAUGAGGCACCUUUCUAUUUCCAGUCUAUGAUGGUUACCUAAAAUGAUGCUUAAAUAUAAACUUGAUAUACAUUGUAUUACAAUUCUUUGAAGCACUUGACAGUCUUUUUAUCUUUUUAGUGACCCUUUUGUUGUACUAUGAAAUAUUUUGUUACAAGGAACAUUUUCUGAUGAAGACAAAGAAGUUCUUAUCAGAUUAAAUCAUUCGUACAAAUUAUGCCAAAUAACUAUAUCAGAAAUCUGUUUUCUUUUCCUUAGUUUAAUAUUGUUGAUUGAUAUUGUUAAAAUUGUUCAUUUUUGACUGUUAAAUUAUAGUACAAAACCAA